AAUCUAUGACUUCUUUUAAAUUCGUUAAAGUUAAGCACACAGUACUGCCGGAGAGGUGAGAGGUGAGAGGUGAGGGGUGGGCGGAAUACAAGCGAGUCUCAGAACGAGAAACGCAAGGCCAAGGAGGCGGAGGGGAGAGCUAGACCUCUUGCUUUACGUCUUUGGAUUGCAGGAAAAACCACACACACACACAGGCUGAAUAAAAAACAAAACAAACAAUGAAAGAGCCAACAACAACAACAACAGCAAGAGAGUCAGAGUCAGAGUCAGACGGCCACUCACUCUGCAAAGACAUCCCAAACCUCCUCUCCUCAUUCGUGGAAACAUUCGUCGACUUCUCAGUGAGUGGCCUCUUUCUCUUACCCAAACACCCCCCUAAUCCUCUCUCCUCCUCCUCCUCCUCCUCCUCCUCCUCCCCCUCCUCCUUACCACCCCUGCGCACCCGCUACCCUCCCGUCGACCGUCUCAUUGCCCUUGGCGAUCUCCACGGUGACCUCGACAAGACCAAGCAAUCUCUCAGGCUCUCCGGCCUCAUCGACGCCUCCGAUAGAUGGGUCGGAGGUCCCACCACCUUGGUCCAGAUCGGCGACGUCCUCGACCGCGGUGGCGACGAGAUUAAAAUUCUCUACUUCCUCGAGAAAUUGAAACGGGAAGCCGCCAAAUAUGGGGGAAACGUCAUCUGCAUGAACGGCAACCACGAGAUUAUGAACAUCGAAGGCGAUUUUCGCUUUGCCACCAAGGAGGGCCUGGAGGAGUUUAGGGCUUGGGCGCAUUGGUACUCCAUCGGCAACCAAAUGAAAGCUCUCAGCCAGGGUUUAGACAAGCCCUGUGACCCAUUUCAUGGAAUACCCUUCGUCUUCAGGGGUAUCAAGGAAGACAUCGUGGAGGGUGUCAGAGCCAGAAUCGCCGCCUUGAGACCGCGAGGUCCCUUGUCGGUCCGGUUCUUGUCGGAGAAUGUGACAGUGGUGGUGGUGGGGGAGUCGGUAUUCGUUCACGGGGGGCUUCUGCCGGAGCACGUGUCCAUUGGAUUGGAGCGGAUGAACGAGGAGGUGAGGGAUUGGAUUAGGGGGGAAUUGAAAGGCAAGUUGACGAGGGCCCCGAGAUACUGUCGCGGGAGGGAUGCGGUGGUUUGGUUGAGGAAUUUCUCGCACGAAUCGGCCAGCAAGUGCGACUGUUCCGCGCUGGAACAUGUUCUGUCGACGAUUCCAGGUGCGAAGAGGAUGAUAAUGGGCCACACCAUCCAGCAGCUGGGGAUUAACAGCGUGUGUGAUGACCGUGCCAUCAGAAUCGAUGUGGGAAUGUCCAGAGGCUGUAUUAACGGGUUGCCUGAAGUUUUGGAGAUCCGAGGCAAUUCUCAGCCCAGGAUUUUGACUUCCAAUCCCUUGUAUCAAAACAAAUACAAAUCAACUUCCUCCGAUAAUCCAUUGGUGUUGCUGCCGGAGCACGGCCACGCAGGACCAAAACCAGUGCAGGUCAAGGCUUGAAAUUGAAAUUGAAAAUCCAUUUGUCUACACUGCCACCACAACUAGUUAGUUUCUAUAAGUAUAAACCACCUUUGAAGAAUGAAUGGAUGAAUGAAUAAAUGAAGGCCUUUUUUUUUUUUUUUUCCCAAUAGAUAUACCCAUUGUGUAAAAUCAAUUAAUUGCUCAUCGCUUGUUUCUAAUUGUUGCAGCAGCAAAGCCACAUUCAUGGAAUAGGUUUUCAUAUUUACCUUGUAUUUGGGUAUUCAGGGCUGUUGUGGCAUCAUUUUAUGAUUUUUGUUCUGGAGUUGUAGUGGCUAUUUUUGGGACUCUGAUUGUUGCAAGCGUUGGACAACCAAUAAUUACUAUUAUACAUGUUCAUUUAUGUGGUUUAAAAGGAGGGAGGUUGCACUUUGAAAUGAAUUUUACUUUAAAAUUUUGUUC